CCCACUUCCCAUUUCAGCCCGUUCCUCGCACCCUCCCGCCCACCAGUCCUCGGCGCAGUGCCUGCAUGACUUCCAACGAAAACUACACCCGCCACUCGCGCGUCGCCAGCGCUCAGUGGAGUUCGUGUCGCGAAAACAAGGCGAAGCUGGAGCCCAUCACCGACUGAACAUUUCGAACUAGCGGGAAGCUGGAUGAGCCCUGUGCGUCUCGCCGGGAUCCCCAUCCUGAUAUCAACACUUCGGGAGCCCGUCGGGUUUUUUUCUUCCUGCUGGCUUUGAAGCUGAGAUCAGAGGUCUCAUCGUCAUGGGAGCAACCGUCAACGUCCCCGAUGCACACAACCAGUCAUCGGUGUUCACGUCGAUCUUCAACUCCAGCUGCCGCUUCGACGAGGAGUUCAAAUACAUCCUGCUGCCCGUGUCCUACAGUCUGGUGUUUGUGGUCGGCUUCGUACUCAACGCCACGGCUUUAUGGCUGUUCCUCAAGAUGCGUCCGUGGAACCCCAGCACGGUGUUCAUGUUCCACCUCGCCCUGUCCGACUUCCUGUACGUAUGCUCCCUGCCCACCCUUAUCUACUACUAUGCCAACCGCAGCCACUGGCCCUUCGGCCUCGCCGCUUGCAAAAUCGUGCGCUUCCUCUUCUACGCCAACCUCUACUGCAGCAUCCUCUUCCUCACGUCCAUAAGCGUGCAUCGCUAUCUCGGCAUCUGCCACCCCAUCAAGGCUAUCACCAGGGUGAAGCCUUAUCACGCCCACCUCAUCUGCGGCCUGGUGUGGGGCGUGGUGACUGUGUGCCUGGUGCCCAACCUCAUCUUCGUCACCACCUCCAGGAGAGACAAUGACACGCUGUGCCACGACACCACCAAUCAGGCGUCCUUCAGGGAGUAUGUAGACUACAGCUCUGUUGUCAUGGUGCUGCUCUUCGGCAUCCCGUUCCUGGUCAUCGUGGUGUGCUACUGCCUGAUGGCGCGGACUCUUUGCCAGCCCAGACAGGGAAUAUCGGCCACUCAGGCGGCUAACGCCUCGCGGCGCAAGUCCAUCAAGCUCAUCAUCGUGGUGUUGGUGGUGUUCGCGGUGAGCUUCGUCCCUUUUCACAUCACGCGGACCCUCUACUACACGUCCCGCGUGCUGGAGCUUGACUGUGAAUUCCUCAACAUUGUGAACUUCGCUUAUAAGAUCACCAGGCCUCUGGCCAGCGUCAACAGUUGCAUCGACCCCAUUCUGUAUUUCCUGGCCGGGGAUCACCUCCGCUCCAAACUGAUGUCUGUUUUGACGGGAAAAAGAUUGGUCACACUCAGCCAAAACCACGAACAGGCACCGUCGCAGCAGAACAGCACCCCUCUGACUCAUACGAAAUCAGGCCACAUAGCCGCUACAGACAGGUGCUGACAUUUCUAAUGGAUUGAUCAGACACAAGUUUACAUGAACCUGUGUUCCACAGACAUAAAGACUAUGUUUCGAUUCUGUUUGCCUUCUUCAGAUUACAACUGGAGAUGACAUUUCUCGUCCUUUUAUUUGUGUGAAAUGUUGCUAGGAUCUAAACGUGUAAACAGACAGUAUUUUCUUUGCUGAACACAUAUUCUUUUUGAUAAAAAAUGCAGAAUAAAGUUAGACACUUGAGUAAGUGGCUUUGA